CGUGGCUCUUGGAUGACGUGGCGGGCACGGCGGAAGCGGCGGCUCCUUUCCUCGGUGACGGCGGCGGCGACGACCACGGGAUGGCGCCGGCCGGGUUCCUGUGGUGCGUGGCGGCCUUGUUGGUUUCGCAGGGCCGGGCCGACGAGCAUGACCACACGUACCAAGAUAAAGAAGAAGUUGUUUUAUGGAUGAAUACCGUAGGGCCAUAUCACAAUCGCCAGGAAACAUACAAAUACUUCUCCCUCCCUUUUUGUGGCGGAUCUAAAAAAAGCAUUGAUCACUACCAUGAAACUCUUGGGGAAGCACUUCAAGGAGUUGAACUGGAGUUCAGCGGUUUGGAUAUUAAAUUUAAAGAUGAUGUCAUGCAGACCACCUACUGUGAUAUAGAUUUAGAUAAACAAACAAGAGAUGCAUUUGUUUAUGCUAUCAAAAAUCACUAUUGGUAUCAGAUGUACAUUGAUGAUUUGCCAAUAUGGGGUAUUGUUGGUGAAGCAGAUGAAAAUGGUGAAGAUUUUUAUCUCUGGACAUAUAAAAAGCUGGAAAUAGGUUAUAAUGGAAAUAGAAUUGUGGAUGUGAAUCUGACAAGUGAAGGGAAAGUUAAAUUGGUACCCAACACUAAAAUCCAGAUGUCUUACUCUGUGAAAUGGAAAAAGUCAGAUGUGAAGUUUGAAGAUAGAUUUGACAAAUAUCUUGACCCAUCUUUCUUUCAACACAGGAUUCAUUGGUUUUCAAUCUUCAAUUCCUUUAUGAUGGUUAUUUUCCUGGUGGGCUUGGUUUCUAUGAUUUUAAUGAGGACCCUGAGGAAAGAUUAUGCACGAUAUAGUAAAGAAGAAGAAAUGGAUGAUAUGGAUAGAGAUCUAGGAGAUGAAUACGGUUGGAAACAAGUUCACGGAGAUGUUUUCAGGCCAUCUAGUCAUCCUUUAAUAUUCUCAUCCCUUAUUGGUUCUGGCUGCCAAAUCUUUGCGGUUUCUUUCAUAGUAAUCAUUGUUGCCAUGCUGGAAGAUUUAUAUACAGAGAGAGGAUCAAUGUUAAGUACUGCUAUUUUUGUUUAUGCGGCAACGUCACCAGUGAAUGGUUACUUUGGAGGAAGCCUUUACGCCAAGCAAGGAGGAAGAAGAUGGAUAAAGCAAAUGUUCAUUGGAGCAUUCCUUAUUCCUGCAAUGGUGUGUGGCACAGCCUUCUUCAUUAAUUUUAUUGCCAUUUAUUAUCAUGCAUCAAGAGCUAUUCCUUUUGGGACAAUGGUAGCUGUUUGUUGCAUCUGCUUUUUUGUUAUUCUUCCUUUAAAUCUUGUUGGAACAAUACUUGGACGAAAUCUUUCUGGUCAGCCCAAUUUUCCUUGCCGAGUAAAUGCUGUUCCUCGUCCAAUCCCAGAGAAAAAAUGGUUUAUGGAACCAGCUGUUAUUGUUUGCCUUGGUGGCAUUCUCCCCUUCGGAUCAAUUUUCAUUGAAAUGUAUUUUAUCUUCACCUCCUUCUGGGCUUACAAAAUCUAUUACGUCUAUGGCUUCAUGAUGUUAGUUUUGGUCAUCCUUUGCAUUGUAACUGUUUGUGUGACAAUUGUGUGUACAUACUUUUUACUGAAUGCAGAGGACUAUAGGUGGCAAUGGACGAGUUUUCUCUCUGCUGCUUCAACUGCAAUCUAUGUUUAUAUGUAUUCCUUUUAUUACUACUUUUUCAAGACAAAGAUGUAUGGUUUGUUUCAGACAUCAUUUUACUUCGGUUAUAUGGCAGUAUUUAGCACAGCCCUAGGAAUAAUGUGUGGAGCAAUUGGCUAUAUGGGAACAAGUGCCUUUGUUCGAAAAAUCUACACGAAUGUGAAAAUUGACUAAAAGAACUGAAAACUGGAAUGGUUAACCUUUUAGGGUGUGGGGUGGGAAAAGAGUAUAUAACUUGCACACCAAAAAAAAGCGCAGGAAAUAUUGUGUGCGUGGCACUGGGUACUCUGUGGGUCUCUUCUCUUGUGGAUCAUUUAAAGCAACAUCCGUUUUCAUUGAUCCUAGGUUCUUACUGACUUUCUCCAAAUGUUCUCGGCAAAUGUGUGGAUUAUAUUCAGUAGGCUUUUCCACAGUACAUGUUUAUCUUCCCAAAAUUAGCUCAUAAAGAUGAAUAGACUAGCUCUCUUCAAUGAAGAGGACAAACUGUAUUUAACUAUUUGUUCCAUUCAGUUCUAAAGAAAGUGAAACAGAUGGCUCUUAGAGGUUUCUAGUAAGUUAUUGGUACAAAAAAAAAAAUCGUUCUGGAAAGAUUCCUUCCCUUCAGCUUUGGUGUUAUUUGACAGGGCAAAGAAAUAUGGGUGCUACCUGAAUAAUUUGCAAUGUUACCUAUUAUAAAAUACACAUGCAUUUGUUUUUGUUUUUGUUUUUUUAAAAAAGUCAAAUAUUUGCAUGCAUUCUCAGUUUAAUAGGACCAAGUUUCCACUUGUUCAUUACAAAAAGUACGCUGAACUAUACCGGAGACCCAUCCAAAGAAACUGAACUAAUAAUAAAAAUGGAGUUUUCUGCACUGCGGUUUUUAUAUGUCAGGAAGCAAAUAUACGAAGAUGAAGCGUUCAACACACGGAGGUCUAGAUUUAAAAACAAAAAAUUGAAUGUCUACACUGAUCUUUCUUUCUUUCUUUCUUUCUUUCUUUCUUUCUUUCUUUCUUUCUUUCUUUCUUUCUUUCUUUCUUUCUUUCUUUCUUUCUUUCUUUCUUCCUUCCUUCCUUCCUUCCUUUCUUUCUUUCUUUCUUUCUUUUUUUCUACCAACCCACCCCCAGUUAGGAAUGUUUACUUGAUGAUUUAAAAGGGGUAACGAGUGUAUGAAACAUUAAAUGAUGUAACUUAGAUGUAGCUCCCAAAUGUAUUUGGAUGUACAGAUUUACUAAACAAUACUUUUUUUCUGAUGAUUCAGUGUAUAAAUAUGUGAAUUUAGGUGGCUUUUAUAACAUCUUGCCUGCUCUUGCAUGAAAUGUUGGGGAUUUCCUUGCAGUACGUGUUUCAUGUUUUCUGUUCACUUGAGCUCUUUCAAAAGCAAACACUUGUAAUCUAUAACAGUUUGAUUUUGUUUAGUUCUCUCUGGACACUUUCAGAAUAUCUAAAGCAAUAUUGCUUUAAGUGUUCAGAAAGUUUCAAAUAAACUUUUCAGACAAACGUUCUGAUGGUGACAAAUAGGUAUAUUUUAAAUUAAAAGAUGAUUAAUUCAUCAGUCCUUGGAAAAACAGUUCUGAAAAAGUUCAUAUAUAUUCUUCAGAUUCAGGUUGCAUUGGGCUAUUCCCUAAUGUGCUUUAUUCAUCUAAAAAGAAUUUGCCUGGCCAUGGAGAAGACGUUUUCCGUAAGUAUGCAGAUAUUGUAAAUGAAAAGCAAGAACCAACGAAGUAAAGUUAAUAUUUUUCCCAAGUUCCUGAAAAUUAAGCUGCAAUAAGGAUUUAGAAAUCCUUGUUUUUAAAGGAAGUUUGAGGUAAACAUUUAGUAUGCAUCUUCAAGGCAAAGUUUGAAGCUAAAUAAUGCAGAUUAUUUCAAGAAACAACUUAUUGUGAGAGGCAUUUGUUAAUCCUAAUUGGGUGUGUGUGCGGGUGGUAUUAAGCUAUUUUCCUGAGAUGAGUUCACGUGAAGACUUUUCACAUUGGAAAAUAAAUGUGCAAGAGAAAUAAAUACAAUUUGCAGUAAAUGAA